GCGCGACCGGUUCGCACGUGUUGCCGGAGACCGGAGCUUACUCGCGUCAGACGACAAAAACAAUCGACGUUCGCCGGAAAAUUGGCGGCGAGCAGGGAAUGAGAGCGCUCGAAUUCCAAUUUUCUUCCAAAGGUCCUCCCAAAGUUGAUAAAAAUUCUGGAGAACGUCAGGAAAUCGAGGACAGGAAGCUCGGAGGAAAAUCGUGUAAGAAAAUCUCCAGCACGUUUCCUGCUUAAAGGAGCUUGGAAUCGGUACGACAGCAAGGUUCCCGGAGACCGGCAAGUAGAAACGAAAUAAGAUGACUAUGGACGUGAGUAAGAGCGAACCGAGCAAAAAUGGUGCUGUGCAACAAGAAUGCGCAGGUUGUGGAAAACCCAUCACGGAAAGAUAUCUACUGAAAGCAUUGGACAUGUACUGGCACGAGGAUUGUCUGAAAUGUGGCUGUUGCGACUGCCGACUUGGCGAGGUUGGUUCGACCCUGUACACGAAGGCGAAUUUAAUCCUGUGCAAGCGAGAUUAUCUCAGACUCUUCGGCAGCACUGGCUAUUGCGCAGCUUGCAGCAAAGUCAUUCCAGCUUUCGAGAUGGUUAUGAGAGCUCGAACCAACGUCUACCAUCUCGAGUGCUUCGCCUGUCAGCAAUGCAAUCACAGAUUCUGCGUCGGUGAUCGAUUCUACCUUUGCGAAAACAAGAUACUCUGCGAGUACGACUACGAGGAGAGGCUCGUUUUCGCGAAUAUGGCACUCCACCCCCCGCCGACGGCAACUCUGGCCCACAUCAAGAGGCAAGUGACUCAUCUUCAGCCCCAGACGGUGCAAUCGAGUGGAGUUCCGAGGCAAGUGAACGGUGAUGCGAGCCACGCUCACAACGGCUAUCCAACGACUGCGAGCUCGAGUUCUCAUAACGCACUCAAUCCCAUGAAUAAUUUAAACGGUAUCAGCGCGCAGGCUGCUUACGAUGGAAAAUGACAAUCGAAGUAAAAAGAUAAAAGAAACAAAUUCAAAAAACAAACCGAUGGAGAAUUGGAGACGUGAGAGGGAGGAGGAUGGAAGCUGCUCGCGACGAAAAAUGAGGGGAAUAAAAACGACAAAUUUUUCGUUGUACUUUCGUUGAUGUAUCUCGGCCGGUGCGCCGCACCCUGCCAAAGCGACGGAAUCGACCGCGCAAAAUUUCGAUAUGACGAAUAAGCGGACAUUUAUUAAAAGAAAAUUUAAUCAAUCGUAAUUUAAAAUUAGACACGAAAAUGUAUCGGAGCUCAUUAAAACGGUAGUGACGUGCAAAGGGGAGGAAAUCGAUAGUUCGAGUGAAAAACACGUCGAAGAUUCAAAUUUGGUGCUCUUUAGACUAUUCGAGACUCUGAUAUUUCUAUGUAAAUAUAAAAAUAUAUGAAUAUAUAUAUAUAUAUAUAAUAUAUUAAAACGUUCAGCAUCACUAGAUAUCGAGGUGCUCUCGAGACUCGCGUCGUUGGGUCGCAACGAAAAAUCAUUUCGCCAUUUCGAAUUUUUCCUUCUCAGUUCUCUGAAAACGAGUCCGAAGAGGCUUCAUCCAAUUUCAGUGGGUUUAGGUAAAAAAAAACUCUUUUCCAAAUGACGUUUCGUUGCAUCCCAACGAUACUAAAAUCACCAUCGUGUUUAGGGAGGUGAGAAAAGGAAGCUUUUCCGAAGGGAUAAGCGCGAAGAAAAAGGGCAGAGGGAGGAAAGAGCUCGAGAAAUUUGUUUGGAACAUAGAAAAAGUUGGUUCUGUGCGAACGAGUUCAGGAUGAAUUUGCCGCAGAUAGAUCGAAUCGGGACGUUUAUACCCAAGCUACGUAUCCUUUCUCUUUCCCUCCGCGCGCUUUCUCCUUCGCCAGUUGCCCCCGGGGGUGUAAUACGUUAGGGGUGACUUAGCGUCGUUUCAACUUCGAAUCUCCUGUAUAAAGGCCCUCAGAUUGAUGCGGCCAACUUUUACGUUGCCUUAUUUGCGAGUCAGAUAACGAGCCUGAGUUAUGCCCGAAGUUUUGAGGGCAUUCUCUGCCACCAGCGCCACCGCUGCUUCUGGUGGCUCGUGCAAACCUUUGCUUAUACUAAAAAGCAUGUUAAGUAAGAGAAGAAAUAAAACAUCCUCGUUAUAACCGAAGCUCCGUUUCCAGUCUCCUUACGAAACAUGACAUUUUUUUUUCCUUACCAAAAUAUCGUUUCAUUAUGAACCAACGCGAUUUUCUGCUCGUCGCUGAGGAGUGACCUCACUGACGACGCGAGGAGGGAAGUGAAUUUUAAUUCGAGCGAAACUCGACACUCUCCGUUCGCUCUUCAAACGUAAAAUACAGAUAAAUAAAUUGUGGACGCAUGAAUGGAUGCAAAAAAAGUUGUUAUGAAUGACUUUUGAGAAAAUUUUCUUGAAAAACUGUCCUAAUUAAUGAUUCACUCAGAAAAACACAUUUAUACGGUGGAUUAAAAAUGCGAGAAUUUUCAGAUUGGAAAAUGAGACUGCGGGCAAAGGAAAGCUUGAGGAGAGGGACAAUACGACACGUAAUUCGUUUUAUAUUACAGUUUAUUAUUGUAAAAUGAGACACGCCGAUAUUAUACGUGUAAAAAGAAAUAAAAAAAAUUCGUUCGAUGUUGA